GGUGUGGAUGGAGAAAAAUGAAGCUCUUUUCAUAAAAUUAUAUUUUUCAUUGGAAAAAAAAAUUAAAAAAAGAAAGAAGAGAGAGCUACAAAAUAUUAUGAGAUAUAUAAUUAUAUAUGCAAUUGGUGGAUUGCUCUAAUGAAUAAGAUCUUUCUCCUUAUCCCACCGCGUUCCACAUUUAAUUCAUUCUCCUUUCUCGUAGUUUAACUUAGAAUAAUAAUAUCGCUUGUAAUGCAAUUUUUUAUUUUUUUUUAUAAUUUAUAUAUGUAUUUACGUAUAUAUUGUAAGUCUUGAGAUCUCGUAGUAAGGUUUGCGAGAAAAGGUUGGAAAAUGAUUAUUAUAAAAGGUUGGCCCUAAACUCUUACUAAUGUGUAUAUAUAGCACUCUAAAGUACUCAUUACUCACAUCCAUCAUUACUCACAUCCAUCACUUGAUAUCUAUGGAGAGAGUCAUGAGAGUUGUUUCACUAGUCAGGUUUUUAUGCAUCGCAUCUAUCACAGUUAGCUUAUGCAAAGGAAACCAGAAUGUGCCUUGCAAAGAAAAUGACAGACAAACACUUCUUAUGUUCAAGAAAGAUAUUGAUGAUCCCUCAAAUCUGCUUCCCUCUUGGGUUGGUGAAGGCGAUUGCUGCAACUGGACCGGUGUUGCCUGCGAUAAUUUAACCGGUCAUGUCCGUGAGCUCCACCUUGCUGGUUAUUAUGAUCAAGUGACUGGUGAGACACAUGGGUUGAGUGGUAAGAUAAAUCCUUCUCUGCUCAAUUUAAAGCAUCUCAGCUACUUAGACUUAAGCUACAAUAAUUUUGAAGGACUACAGAUUCCUAGCUUUCUAGGUUCUAUUGAAGGUUUAAGAUAUCUUAACCUCUCGCAUGCAGGGUUCGAGGGAACCAUUCCUCAUCAAUUGGGAAAUAUCUCAAGUCUACGUUAUCUCGACCUUUCUUAUAACUUUGAUUCGAUGGUCGACAACCUCGAAUGGCUCUCUGGUCUUUCUCUCUUGAAACAUCUGGACAUGAGUUAUGUAGAUGUUACCAACGUAUCUCAUUGGUUACAAGUAAACACACUCCCUUCUCUGCUGGUGGAGUUACAUUUGUCUAGCUGCGAACUUUAUCACAUACCAAGUGGUAUUGCAAACUUGACUAGUCUUAAAGUUCUUGAUCUACCCUUGAACCAUUUCAACUCUACCAUACCUAAAUGGUUGUACAGUUUGGGCCAUCUUGAGUUCCUAGAUCUUUCUCUCAAUGCUUUCCAAGGUGACAUUUCGAGUUCCCUUGGAAACUUGACAGCACUUGUUUAUCUUAUCUUAUUAGGUAGAAAUCAGCUUGAAGGGGAAAUCCCAAAUUCAUUGGGAAAUCUUUGUAAGUUGACUUUUGUUGAUCUACGUUUGAACAAUUUUAGAGGGAGGGUAUCAAAAAUCUUUGAAAGUUUGUCUCGGUGUAGUUCUGGUCAAAUAGAUAAUUUAUAUCUUUCACAGAAUAAUUUUUCAGGUCAUCUAUCUGAUCAACUAGGAAGUCUUACAAAUUUACGCUAUCUUGUUCUUUCAAGGAAUUCAAUAUCAGGUCCCAUUCCAAUGUCCUUAGGAAAUCUAUCACACUUGGAGGAUCUGGUCAUUCAUACCAAUUCAUUCGAGGGUGUUGUCUCUGAAGUUCAUUUUGCUAAUCUUACAAGAUUGAACAUCUUUUCUGCACAUGAGAACUCCUUGACUCUUAAAACCAGCCCAAACUGGGUUCCUCCUUUUCAACUUUCGAUCUUGAGUUUAGGUUCUUGGUGUCUAUACCCAUCAGAGUUGCCUGGGUGGCUUAAGAGUCAAAAACAUUUGUCCAGUCUUAACAUGUCCAAUACAGGAAUUUCAGGUACCAUUUCGCCUUGGUUGUGGAACAUUUCCUCGCAUGGUGAAAACCAAGACAGCAUAAUUUCAUAUACCUUAGUGGAUCUUUCGCAUAAUCAGUUAUCUGGGGAGGUUCCAAACAUAGUUUCCGCCAACUGGCCAAAACAAAAGCAUUUUGAUCCCUUUAUGUCAAAGGUUGUAAUUGACUUAGGAUCUAACCAAUUCAACGGUUCAUUGCCUCUUGUGUCUUCUUCAGUGACUACACUAGAUCUUUCCAAUUCAUCAUUUUCGGGGACUCUCUCUCACUUCUUAUGUGAUAGGAGUGAAGUACCUAAAUACCUUCAACUUCUUCGUCUUGGCAACAAUCUCCUCACUGGAGAAAUUCCUGAAUGUUGGUUACUCUGGCGAAAUUUGACUAGUGUGAACUUAGAAAACAACAAUUUGAUGGGGAAAAUUCCGAGCUCUAUUGGAGACUUACUUUUCCUUCGAUCAUUGCACUUGCGCAAUAAUAACCUAUCUGGAGAAUUACCAGUGUCCUUACAAAACUGUGAGGCGUUGAUACUUCUUGACCUUGGUGGAAACAAGUUCGUUGGAAGCAUUCCAAUAUGGUUCGGCCAAAGAUUGGUAGUUCUUAGUCUUCAUUCAAAUAAGUUCCAUGGCGCCAUUCCAGAUGAACUCUGUAGUCUCACAUCUCUCCAAAUCUUGGACCUUGCGCAUAACAAUCUCUCAGGAACAAUACCAAGAUGUUUUCAAAAUUUGUCAUCCAUGGCCACUACCUCUUUAGGUGCUAGCGGAUAUACCCGUAUUGAAGUUUUCAGAGUUGAGUUUGAUGGUUUUGAUGGUUUUGAUUAUUUUGUGGAGACCUACAUGGAUAAUGUAGUAUUUGUGACCAAGGGCAGAGAAGUGAAAUAUGACACAAAGCUUGGGUUGGUAGUUACUCUGGACCUUUCAAGCAACAUGUUAUCUGGAGAAAUCCCUGAAGAGCUGACCAGCCUCGGUGGCAUACAAACGUUGAAUUUAUCUGAUAAUCUUCUGACUGGAAGGAUCCCUUCGAAGAUCGGUGAUAUGGGAUCGUUAGAAUCGCUUGAUUUGUCUGUAAACCAACUUUUUGGCGAAAUUUCUCCAAGCAUCUCAAAUUUGACAUUUCUCAGUUAUCUGAAUUUGUCCUAUAACAAUCUGAUUGGUCCGAUUCCAAAAAGCACUCAGCUCCAAAGCUUUGAUCUGUCUAGUUUUUUUGGUAAUAAACUUUGCGGACCUCCAUUGGAAGAGCGUUGCAAUACAAAUGAGGCCAUGCCACCGGCAGGUGAUGAGAAGCACGGAGAAGGUCAUUUACUUAAAGACGGUGGGUUCUAUCUGAGCUUGGGGCUUGGAUUUGCAUUAGGGUUUUGGAUUGUUCUUGGUUCAUUGUUAUCUAAUGUGCCAUGGAGCAAUGCAUUGUGUCAAUUCCAAAAUCGCAUUGUGAAGAAGCUCUAUACUGCAAUCAUUGAACGUUAUUAACUUUUUGGUGCAGAUAGAGCGAGUUUGUGUGGUUCGUUUCUAUUUUUUUGCUAUGCAGAUAGAAUGUUACUAUGUUGUAUGCUUCUUUGUGCCAAUUUAUUUUAUCUUUUCCUUUGUUUUUCUUUUCCAGCAUAAAAAUGUAAGAUUUACUUUAUAAAUUCCAAAUACGAGUCAUGAAGAA